AUGACUGCUGAACGCAAUCCCAAGGACUCUAUGAAGUCCACCUGGCGACAACAGGCUCGCUCCGAGUGGACUCUUGCCCACUGGUUCUACGAACUGCUCGGUAUUCACCCAGAGCAUCUCGAUGCCAACGUCCCCGUCCAUGUCAAAGAGGACGCCGUACCAUACGUUCCCGACUGGUCCAUGCACCGCUGGGUACUCACCCACUCGGUCAUCCCGAUCAUCCUGCAACACGCCUACGUCCAAUACACCGGCCACAAUAUCGGCGCGAUUGGCGCAUUCAUCCUCUACAGCAUCGCCUUCAAGGCCAUCGCUAUCCACGAACUACACGUCCUCCGCCGUCUCGGUCAUACAUACGGCUUCCUCGAUGGCGACAAACACGCCCGAGACGGCGUUCCCGAUAUUGGCGUCGCAAAGGUCGUCCGCUCAUUAUUAUCCACUUCCACCUUCCGCCCCAUGUUCACCGUCUUCUUCGCCUACCGUACCGCCCAGGCCCCCUCGUCCAUGAGUUUCGCCUGGCUGCCGCUCGAAAUCGGCUUGUAUGGCAUCAUCCUCGACUUCUGGUUCUACUGGUACCACCGGGUCAUGCACGAUUUCGACGGUCUAUGGAAAUACCACCGAACCCACCACUUGACUAAACACCCUAACCCCUUGCUCACGCUCUACGCCGAUACUGAGCAGGAAUUCUUCGAUAUCGCCGGUAUCCCGAUGAUGACCUUCUUCACCAUGAAAUUCAUGGGCAUGCCUAUGGGUUUCUACGAAUGGUGGAUCUGCCAUCAGUAUGUCGUUUUCGCUGAGUUGGCCGGUCACUCUGGUUUACGUGUGCAUGCUUCCCCGCCCUCUACGCUGAGCUGGUUGCUUCGCUGGUUUGACGCGGAACUCGUCAUUGAAGACCAUGAUUUGCAUCAUCGUAAGGGCUGGAAGAAGAGUCAUAAUUAUGGCAAGCAGACCCGGUUGUGGGAUCGGGUGUUUGGUACUUGUUGUGAUCGGAUUGAGUCUGUACAGGGGAAUGUGGAUUAUGUGAAUCAGUCGCCUAUGCCGUUGUAUUGA